GUGCAGGCUGGGCUUUCCCCUCCUGAAACUUUUUAUUGUUUCUCUGUUCCUGAGAGAAGAGCUGCAGGGAACAGCCUGUCCUCUCCUGCCGCCCAGCAUGGCAUCACCCAUGAAGAAUUUGCUUUCGGAGCUGGAAAGAUACACUCAGUCAUUCCGCGUAUUCCUGGAGAGGUCGACCGAGCACCGGAGCAUGCAGGAGUUCGUGGAGAAGCAGCUGCCAGACAUCAUAGCCAGUAUUGGAAAUGGGAAGUCUACAAUCAAUGUUCUAAGUGUUGGUAGUGGAGCAGGUGAGAUGGACUUGCAGAUCCUCUCAAAAAUACGAGCCAGAUAUCCUGGGGUCACCAUCAACAACGAGGUGAUAGAGCCAAGUGCUAGCCAAAUCUCCAAAUACAAAGAGCAUGUGGCUCAGGCAUCAAACCUCGAGAACAUAAAGUUUACCUGGCACAAGGAGACAGCUAAUGAAUACGAAAGUCGAAUGAAUGCAGAAAAGAAGACUAAAAAAUGGGACUUCAUUCACAUGAUCCAGAUGCUCUAUUAUGUGAAAGAUAUCCCAGCGACUCUCCGGUAUUUCCACAGCCUCCUGGAAUCGCAGGCAAAGCUCCUCAUUAUCCUGGUGUCAGGAAAGAGUGGCUGGGAAACGCUGUGGAGGAAGUAUUCAUCUUCCUUCCCCUUGGAAGGCUUUUGCUCUUUUAUUUCCUCUGCUGAUUUGCCAAGAAUGCUGGAUUCAACUGGGAUGAAGUACAAGGUCUAUGAGCUCCCAUCCCACCUGGACAUAACAAGCUGCUUUAUUGAAGGGGACAAAGAUGGGGAGCUCUUGCUGGAUUUCCUGACAGAAACAAUUGACUUUACUAAAACUGCCCCUCCUGAACUAAAGCGUCAGGUAAUGGAAGAGUUAAGAAAGCCUGGAUGCAGUGAAAUCAGAGAUGGAAAGGUGUUUUUCAAUAGUAGCCUGGGUGUAAUAGUGGUUGAGCCAUGAGUUAACUUCUUCUUGAUCUAAAGCAAAGAGAUACAAAGUGUUAACAGCUGAAAUGCAUUUUUUUCAUCUUUUUAAAAUGGCUUCAUUUACUUCAGCACUGAUAAUAAUUUUUGGAGCUUGUUAAGAAAGCAGUAUUAACAUCUGUUGUUUUAAGCAAGCUUUAAUACUUGAUUAAUUCUACACUAAUCUAUGAAUGUGCUGCUCACUAGGCAGUAAGUUGUGCUUUAUCAUACAGAUGUUGUGUAAUCAGCUAUAACUCAGACAUCCACUCAGGCACUGCAGAAACCUAACCAUUUCCUGAGGAGUAAUCCAGAACUACAUGUGGUUCCACCAUCUUCAUUCAACAACUCUCUACAGCUCAAAUAAGCAAAUUGCAAUUUCUUGGUGCAGCUGACAGGAGUGCAGGUUCAGAAUGACCAGCCAUUGGGUGGGUCUUGGAUGGGAUUUCUUGAGCUUGUGACUUCAAGAUCUCAUACCUGUAGCUACUGUGAAAGUGGCCUCACACUUGCAUGUUCAGUGGUUGCCUGCUCCUGCCUCUGCAGGCAUCUCCAUAUAAUGGCACUGCUUCCCCUGUCUGUAUUUCUGCUUUAUGAUCUGCAGAGCUAUUUUUGUGGCAGGGCCAUGAUGGCACUGGGAGAGGGGAGCAAGGGAAGAUGGUUGAGACACAGGUUUGGUAACAACCCUCCUGGAGAGGUGGAUUUCAGUGGUGAGCCCUGAUGCAAAGUCUUUGUUAGGAAUCAGCUUCUGCAGUUACACAGAGCUUUUUUUUUUUGUUUUUAAUUAACCAUGCAAUGUUUCUGGUCCCAGCUUUCCCCUGGCCUGGCAGCUUUGUAACAAGAAAAAUGUAAAAAUAAACUCUGAUACCAAAAUGA